CCAACAUCAGAAAUCCCGCGCUGAGCCACAAUGCGACACGGAGGAAUAUGAAUCCUCGCCCGGCGGAUUGUGCCUGGAUCCGGAAAUGAAGCAACUUCGGCGCUACCUAGCUGCUUCCACACCUGUCCACCAGUCCACUCGCCCUCCCAGCCCACCGCUUUCGAGCCAAGGCGUCACGCUCUUGAGGAUUUGACGUGUGAGCUCAAACGCCAGACGGAAAUGCUGGUUAAACCGUUGCCUGUCGGACUCACUCGGAUACGGAGCCCUUCAAGCUCUUGUUAAGCUUCUGCCUGCACUAGGGUAGCCCUUCUGUUGCUGCCCAGACCCUGUUUCUGCAAUAAUUCCAAGAAAGCACACAAACAAGGAGCACACGAAGAAAAUUGUCCCCGUUUCAGGACUCAGUCACAUACCCGCUAGUGGCUGCAUGGGUUCCAACUCCACUACUUGCGGCACAGACUUCUAGAAGAUCAUUACGCAUGGGUACUACCUCAAGUGGGACACAACGGAGGGCACAGCCUACUGUCCUCAGACGCUUCUUCGUCGAAAUGUCUGGAAAUGAGAGACGGGUGGGACGGGGGCCACUGGCUUCCCAUCGCAGUAGUUCUGCUGGCCGCCGCUUGCUCAAAUGGCUACUACUAGACUUCUUUUGUGUCUCGCACGACUGGUGCAGUCCAACAACACCGGAAUACGCUUUCUUGACAUUGGCACUCAAGCUCAGGAGGCCCGGACGAAACACUAGAAUCACAUGGCCCAAGCAUGUCCAAUAUCAGUCAUAUUGGCAAAGCCGGAGGCAUACCAAGCCCUGCCGGUCAGCACCGGGAUCUUGGAAGGUGGUCCAGGUAAAACGCCUAAGAUCCAAGCUAUGCCAUACCGAGAGGGAAACGAGGCGGGCCGCGUCAUGAGGCCAUACAUCAGCUCAAUGUCGUCUCUGGCGUUGCUGCUCGACAGCUAUUGACCUUGUUGUCCCGUCCAUUGACCAGUCACAGACUGCGCCCACCCUCCCCGUCGAGCUGAUCCUGGCGGCCAAGUGGUCGGCAUUCGCUCUGGGCCAUGCCUGUUUCCGAGCCUUUGUUGUUGCCGCACAAGUGACCUUGUUGUCGCCAAGGCUGAAAUGGAAAGGAUAUCUUGGUAUGACCACAUCAUAGAUGUUCCUUUCCACCGUCUGUCUCAUUGCCCGCACGAUUUCUGAAGCGGGUUUAAAUAUCCCCUCCAAUCCCCGACUACUCGUCCGGCCCCUCGUUUCGCACCUCUAUCUCCAUUAUUGAGUCCAAGCCUGAAUAAGCCGAGUACCUCGCCGACGAGCACCGAAUAACUUACUAUCGACCCUGAUAAUCCACGGGACACGAGUUCACCAUGCAACCCAAGCAGAUCAUCGCUCUCAGCCUCGCUGGCGCCGUCUAUGGCCAGUCCUUGACUGAUCUCAUCAGCCAGAAUCAGGAUCUCUCCCAGCUCGGAACGCUGCUCGGCCAGUACCCCGAUCUUGCUCAAACAUUGGGCGGUCUCUCCAACAUCACUGUUCUGGCACCAAACAACGCUGCGCUCUCGGCUCUCCUGAAUGAUUCCUCUGUGACGGCUAUGGUCUCCGCUGACCCGGGUCUUGUCCCUGCCAUCUUGACCUACCACGUCCUCAACGGCACGUUUAGGUCGACCGACAUCCAGGACACACCGUCAUUCCCCAAGACGCUGCUGACCAACUCGACCUACACCAAUGUCACCGGCGGCCAAGUAGUCAAGGCCGAAACUGAGGACAACAGCGUCGUGUUCACCAGCGGUCUGCUGCGACAGAGCCGUGUCGCCACUGCAGACGUGACUUUCACUGGAGGAAUCGUCCACAUCAUCGAUUCGGUGCUCACCAUUCCCAUGAGCGAUAGCGCAACCGCCGUGGCCGCCAACCUCACCGCACUUGCUGGCGCUCUGACCACGGCCGACCUGGUCAGCACCGUUGACACUCUUCAGGAUGUCACCAUCUUCGCGCCCUCGAACAGCGCGUUCGCUGCCAUUCAGAACCUCGCUACCAACCUCUCAACCGAGCAGCUGUCCAGCAUCCUCACCUACCACGUUGUCCAGGGCACCGUUGGCUAUAGUUCCUCGCUUACCAGCGGCGCUCAGCUGGAGACCGUGAACGGCGGCCAGGUUACUGUUACCAUCGACGACGGCGACGUCUUCGUCAACUCAGCCGAGGUCCAGGUUGCCGACGUGCUCGUCUCCAACGGCGUCGUCCAUGUUAUCGACAAUGUCCUCAACCCCGCCAAUUCCACCGCGCGCCCCGAUGUUACCGCCUCUGCCCAGCAGCCAGCUUUCACCGGCGCCAGCAGCGCAUCUGAAACGCCUUUCACCUCCGGUAUAACUGCGACAGGUGCCGGCCCCACUGGUGGUGCCGGUGCGACUGCCACUUCCAGCGGGCCCGCUGAGGCUGGUGUCCCCAUGCAGACUGCCGCUGUCGGAGCUGCUGCCCUGUUUGGUGGCGCCGCCGUUCUCGCCAACUGGUAAGGGCUUCGGUGCGUCUGUCUCCUGUGUAGGGGUUUCCCAGAAUGGACGGUAGUCGAGAGUGAGGGCGGUUCGCUUCAGGUCGUCAGGAGGGAAUUAGUAGUGUAAUGAUACCCAGGAUCAUGUCCUGACAGGAACGUAAUGAGGAAGUUGGGGAUAAGGCCAGCGAAGGUGUGCAAGCCGCACGAUCAUUCAAUAUCUCGUAUUUUGAUGUCAACCGGGG